AGCAGUAAAGAGAGAGAGAGAGCAGCAGUGUGUAUUAGAGAGAGAGAGAAUAGUGUGGGCAGCAGUGCUGGUGCUGGUGCUGAAGCGAUGCUACAGUUCUCUUGCUGCAGCUCUAGAGGAACGCUGGGUCUGAGCUGAGCUCUGAGUGGAGGAGGAUCAGCUCUGAGGUUUUGAGGUUGUAUUGAGGCUGUUGUUGGAGCUCCAGCUCGCUGGCUUCUCCAGACCCCGCCCCCCACCCCAACCUCAGCCAAUCUCCCUCUGCUUUGUCUGGGUGGGUGUAAUGCUUUGACAGGACUGUUCCUCCGACUGUUCCUCCAUCCUCCACCCCGAGAUGCAUAUGAAUAGCUUAUUGAACCAGUGGACUGAGAUCCCCAGGAUGUGUGAGGUGGACGUGUCGUCUGAGCCCACCAGCCCCACGCUGUACGGCGAGUCGUCGGACACGUACUACCACGUGGACCGCUGGCAGAAGCUUCGCACGGCUGUCCGGAAGCUGGAAUUCUGGGAAAACUUCAGCCACGAGCUGAUCGGCAGCGGAUUCUUCUCUAAAGUGUACAAGGUGAUGCACAACAGCACGCGGAAGGUGAUGGUGGUGAAGAUCUAUAAGAAUGACGUGGAUCAGGACAGCAUCGUGAGGGAGAUCAGCCUGUUACAGAAACUCUCUCACCCCAAUAUAGUCAGGUAUCUGGGGAUCUGUGUGAAAGAGGACAAGCUGUACCCGAUUCUGGAGUAUGUCAGUGGAGGCUGUCUGGAGGAGCUGCUAGCCAGGAAAGAUGUUCCUCUCUGCUGGAGAGAGAAAGUGGACCUGGCUUCAGAUAUCACACGAGGAAUGAUCUACCUACACUAUAAAAACAUCUACCACAGAGACCUCAACUCCAAGAACUGUCUGAUAAGGGUGACUCCCAGAGGCAGAGAGGCGCUGGUGACGGACUUCGGCCUGGCCAGGGAGGUCGUAGAACUUCCUGCCAAAGACAGGAAAUUGUCACUCGUCGGCUCGGCCUUCUGGAUGGCUCCGGAGAUGCUGCGCGGAGAACCGUAUGACCGGAAGGUGGAUGUGUUCUCCUUCGGGAUCGUAUUGUGUGAAAUCCUGGCCCGAAUCCCAGCGGACCCAGAAAUCCUGCCAAGAACUCAGGACUAUGGUUUAGAUGUCUCAGCCUUCAGGAAGAUGGUGACGGGUUGUCCUCAGCAGGUAUUGGACCUGGCAGCCAGCUGUUGUUUGUUGGAAGCGUUUCGGAGGCCGUCGUUCUCCGAGCUGCUGGACGAGCUCUCGGAGAUCGCCGAAACCUUGGAGCCGCCUCCUCUCUCUGAGCUGACCACCGGCUGAACUCCUUCACACCGUCCCCACUGUACCACCAACCCAACGUCAGGAGAACCACCUCAGUUCUUUAGAUACUGCAGACCUGAGAACAGGAGAGUUACAGCACUGACUGAUCCUGAUCUUUCAUAUCAAAACCAACUCUACAACUCACAGAGUGGGUAAACGAUGCGUUGUGAUGCGAUGAAUAUAUACGUAAAUCCAUCAUCUAUCGUUACUGGACCACAUGAUCUCAUUAUGACCUUUCUAUGACUUUCCUUCAGUUUUUUUUCGGAUAGUAUCAACUGCUUAACAUUUAUAAUUACAUUUCAGCAUCGAGAUCCUUUAGAUUUGCGAUAAAAACUUGUUACAAUAAGUACAGAAGCACAAAAGCAGAUAUACUUGGACGAUCUGCUGCUAAAUUCAGAUUCAGAGUUUUGCAUUACAUACAGUAUAAUAUAGUAUAUAUCACCAAUAUCACUUCAUUCACAGCAUGUUUUAUGAACAUUUUUUGAAAGUGUUUUGAAGUUUGUACGCCUUAAAAACUCUCUGAGAAACGUUUCUAAGACUCAACAGACUUCAAAAACUCAUUUUUUUCCAUUUUAGAGGAUUUUAAACUAUUCAGAUAAAAGAUGACGAUGACUAUGAUAAAGAUCUGAUCUGUUAAUGACCUAAACGAUUCAGAUCUACCAAGUUCUUGAUCUUAAAACUUACACGAGCUGAUAUUUUUGUAUAUUCUUGUAAAUACACACAGUGAAGUAAUGUACAGUAUAUGUAUAUAUGAGUAUUUUGGUACUAAAUCCUCCAUCUAGCUUUUGUAUCUUGCUUUUCUGAGGAUUCUCACAGAGUUCGAUUUCGAUGUUGAGAGAAAAGCCAGAUUAAUUCACGCACAGAUUAAGAGUGGUCCUUUGUCUCCAUUGUGGCCUAGCACGGUUUGCCUUAUAGCACAGGAAGCCACCAACCGCACCUGCUUUUUUAUUUAUUUUUUGUUGAUUUUAACAUGGAACAUGGAAAGCUAAGUUUUUUUUUUGUUUGUUUUUUUAUUAUUUUUGAUUAGAUUUUUUUUAGGUUAAUUUUGCAGAGAGCACAUCAUCGACCCCAAUCAUCUCAAGCCUCAAAUUUUUCACAUGUACGUAGAGGAUCUUUGGUACGUUCAAACUGUAUUUGUUAUAUUUAUCACGUUGUUGUGUCUAACAGGGAGAUCCAGAUAUAGUUAUCAGAAAAUCAGGUAAAUCAGGUCUUUAUAUUUUAUAUAUUGCACAUUAAGGCCAUGUUCUUAAGGAUAUUGUGGUAUAUUGGUGGAACGAAAUGAAACAGUUGGCUGGAAAGAAUUGUGGAUUGGUGUUUUCCAUGUUUGACUCUUAAUGCUGAGGUCUUGGGUUCAAGUCCCUACCUGGGUGGAGUCUUUAGUGUAUGUUCUCCAGUUUCCUCCACAGCCCAAAAACAUGGAGAUCAAGUGAAUUAGUUAAAUUGCUCUAAAUUGCAAUUGUAGAGUGUAGAGUUUUUAUUGUAGAGUGUCCUUGGGUUUCUUAAAACACAUUUUAUUGGAGAUUUUUAUAUGUUUAAAUCAUAGACUGUGUAUAGCUGGACAGAGCAUCGCCUCUCAAAAGUGAAGCCACCACAGGUCGGGCGCCCCCUGCUGUUUGGUUGCAGAAAGCUGUGUAACCCCACCCAUCCCCAUAGGUUUCAAUGGCAAAACAGACAACUUUCAAUCACGUGUUUUUUCCCAAUAUACUAUAAUUCUACCUCCUUUAUUUAAAUGCAACAGCUAGUGUAACCUCUGCUUAUAUUGUCAAUUUUUUAUAUCCAAUAACAGACGUCAGCUCCGCUCUUCAGCCUGUGACCUCGAGGCAGCCCUCAGGGGCGGGGUUAUUUAAAUGAGUAGGCUGUCUCUCCACAGUCUUUCUCCCUCCUCUGGUCUCUACUGCGCUCUACAGACUCGGGUAUCAGGAUCGCCAACAUGGCAGAAGAUUUUGGCUUCAUUUUCAUUGAAUGAAUGAGAAUGGCGACACGGCGUCCAUCUUUUUUUACAGUCUCUGGUUUAAAUUAAAUAGUCUAAAUGUGUUUUCCUUGCUUUUUUCCAAUUGUUUAGUAUAAAUUAUUCAGUCCUUUCACUUUGGUUCUUCCACAGUUAAUUAACCCUUUCAGACCCUACGUCAAUUACAAUAGACAUCAUGUAUUUUAUUUUAUUUUUUUAAUGUUUUGUUGCACAGCACACUUGAACAACUGAGACCAGUUUAGUUUAGAUUUCCAAUUUUUAAUUUUGUCUAAGGUUGAGUUUUCAGUGAAGUUUCUCCAGCACUAAGGCUGGGUGCAACAGCAUUAGCAUUAGCCGCUAACCACACCCUGAGUUUUCCAGUAACCCAGGGCGCUAUCAGCUAGCAGUUUGUCCCACAUAGCUUGUUUUAACACAGCAAACAUGCAGACUACAGUCCAAAAUACUCGCCUCUGAACAGCAAAAGAGCUAGUGCUGCAGUUAGCAGCUAAUGCUAAUGCUGCUGCACCCAGCCUUAGUGCUGGAGAAACUUCACUGAAAACUCACUCGUAUGGCGAUGUACUCCAGCAGAGUGGCUUUACAGUUUCUUAAUACCUGACGGGUAGAAUUCAAACAUAAGGCGCACUGUUGAUUUUUGGGAAAACUAAAGGAUUUUAAGUGCGUCUAGUUCGAAAAGUACGGUACGAUGAAGAGCAUAAAAGUCUGUUGGUAGCUCAGCACCUCCAGAGCUGUACAAUCAAGGUUUUAAAAAAGUCUACAGACGUGUCUGCUCUGAAGAAGAAGAAGAAGAAGAAGAAUGGGAACCAUGUUUCUGCUCAUAUUGCUCCUCAGUUCAGCAGUUCUUCAUCCACAGCCAUGAGUUUCUUCACAAAUACACCAAUAUAUCCUUGUGAACAGGUCUGGUCCUAAGACAUGGCGUCAUGUGUUACUGGUGCUAUCUAGCGAGGGUUUCAGACUGAAGAUCAUGAACUUUGAACUGUUUUGAUGCUAUUUGUCCUGUAUUUUUGUUAGAUUUCUGUUUAACGAAUGGAUAUUUUACUAUAAAGAAGAAUAAAGUAGGCUUAUAAAGUGGACAAUAGAGGUGAUGCUCUAAAGAAACAAUAGACGUUUGAGGACCAUGAGAGUACCAUGGAAAGCACUUGAGAAAAAACAGAAAUUCUGGUUUAUUCUGGUACAUUUUGUACAUUCACACAUACCCCCAGUUAUUACUAUUGAGAUCUGGUUAUUAAUAUCAUGUCUUACAGUACACAAGUUGUGCGAUAUCUGUAUAUUUGAUGCCUUUACCUGAACCCUCAGUUGAGUGAGAGUAAAGCCUUUAAAUCUGUAUGAUAUUUUUUUGGUUAUUUGGUUUUGAGGAAAUAAUAAAUAAACUAAUGAAUAAAAGUG